CUCUUUUUCCCACACGUUUGUCGCAGUUUUCAUACGUUUCUGUCAGAGUCAGCGACGCAAACAAACUAUCGCCUGCAUUUCGAGACUGAUUAGUAACCUUAAGUCUAUUUGACCUUUAUUUAGUGCAAAUCUUGUUGACUCGGAAUGGGACGUGAGUCGAGACACUACAGAAAGCGUUCAGCGUCCCGGGGACGGUCGGGCAGCCGAUCCAAGAGUCGGUCCCCGGACAACAAGCGCUCAAAGAAAGAUGACCGAGACCGAAACAGGAGAGAUAGGUCCAGGAGCAGAGACCGCAGAAGGUCCCGGUCCAGAGACAGGAAAAGACCCAGGCGGUCCAGGAGCAGAGAAAGGAGGAGGUCCAGAAGCCGGGAAAGGAAGAGAUCACUCAGUCGGAGCCGAACUCGCAGGUCCCGAUCCGGCAGCCCGGCAAAGAGCAAGAAAACAGACGAAAAAGCCAAAGGCACAGAGAAAGAGAGCGUUGAGCCUGUGUCCGAGAAGAAAAAGGUUAAAGAGGAGAAAGAAGAUGAGAAGGUCGAGGACCAAGACUUUGACCAGAACAAACUGGAAGAGGAAAUGAGAAAGAGGAAGGAGCGGGUGGAGAAAUGGAGAGAGGAGCAGAGGAAGAAGGCUAUUGAAAACAUUGGAGAGAUAAAGAGAGAACUGGAAGAAAUGAAGCAGGGCAAGAAAUGGAGCCUUGAGGACGAUGACGAUGAUGAUGAGGAAGGUCCUGCUCUCAUGGAGGGGGAUGAUGAAGAUGACGGGGAUGGAAAGGAGGAGGGAAAAGACAAGGAUGCAGAGGAAGUUAAAAAAGAGGAGGGUGAGGAUGAGAAGGAGACUCCCAUGGAGCAGCAGGCCGAGGAGGACGAAGUGGAUCCUCUAGAUGCGUACAUGGAGGAGGUCAAACAGGAGGUGAAGAAAUUCAACAUAGGACCCAUGAAAGGAAAUGAUAAGAAAGGUGCAACGACAGUAUCCAAUGUGGUGACGGUAGUUAAGACCAAAAAACAACCCCUCAUGCACAAGAAGAAGGGUGAGCUGAUGGAGAACGACCAGGAUGCCAUGGAGUACUCAUCAGAGGAAGAGGAGGUGGACCUGCAGACGGCUCUUACAGGCUUUCAGACCAAACAGAGGAAGGUCCUGGAGCCUGUGGACCACGCCAAAAUCCAGUAUGAGCCAUACCGCAAGAACUUCUACGUGGAGGUCCCUGAGCUGGCGAAGAUGACCACAGAGGAACUGAACGCAUACAGGCUGGAACUGGAAGGUAUAAUUGUCAAAGGGAAAGGCUGUCCCAAACCCAUCAAGACAUGGGUGCAGUGUGGGGUGUCGAUGAAGAUCCUCAACUCCCUGAAAAGACAUGGCUACGAGAAGCCCACACCAAUCCAAGCACAGGCCAUCCCUGCCAUCAUGUCGGGUCGAGAUCUCAUCGGCAUCGCUAAGACUGGCAGCGGGAAAACCAUCGCCUUCUUGCUUCCCAUGUUCCGACACAUUAUGGACCAGAGGCCUCUGGAGGAGGCAGAGGGGCCCAUCUCUGUAAUCAUGACUCCUACCAGAGAGUUGGCUCUGCAGAUCACAAAGGAGUGCAAGAAGUUCUCCAAACCACUGGGACUCAGGGUGGUGUGUGUUUAUGGAGGGACAGGAAUCAGCGAACAGAUUGCAGAGCUGAAACGAGGAGCAGAGAUCAUUGUGUGCACACCAGGAAGAAUGAUCGAUAUGCUGGGGGCCAACAGCGGCCGGGUAACCAACCUGCGGAGGGUCACGUAUGUGGUGCUGGACGAAGCAGACAGGAUGUUUGACAUGGGCUUCGAGCCGCAGGUGAUGCGUAUUGUAGACAAUGUGCGUCCCGACCGACAGACGGUCAUGUUCUCAGCCACCUUCCCCAGAGCCAUGGAGGCGUUGGCUCGCAGGAUCCUUGGCAAGCCCAUCGAGGUGCAGGUGGGAGGUCGCAGUGUGGUCUGCUCUGAUGUGGAGCAACAUGUGCUGGUGAUUGAUGAGGAGAAAAAGUUCCUAAAGCUGCUGGAGAUUUUGGGUCACUACCAGGAGAAGGGAUCUGUCAUCAUUUUUGUGGACAAACAGGAGCACGCAGACGGACUGCUGAAAGAUCUGAUGAAAGCCUCGUACCCCUGCUUGUCUUUACAUGGAGGCAUCGACCAGUACGACCGAGACAGCAUCAUCAAUGAUUUUAAGACUGGAGUGUGUCGUCUGAUGGUGGCCACGUCUGUGGCAGCCAGGGGUCUGGACGUCAAGCAGCUCAUCCUGGUGAUCAACUACAACUGCCCAAACCACUAUGAGGACUACGUCCACAGGGCGGGACGCACAGGCAGAGCGGGCAACAAGGGUUACGCCUACACCUUCAUUACAGAGGAUCAGGCACGCUAUGCUGGUGACAUCCUUAAGGCCUUGGAGCUGUCUGGCUCUCCUGUCCCUCCAGAACUGGAGCAGCUUUGGGCCUCCUUUAAAGACCAGCAGAAGGCGGAGGGUAAGGUCAUUAAGAGCAGCAGUGGCUUCUCAGGAAAAGGGUUCAAGUUCGAUGAGACAGAACACGCCCUGGCCAACGAGAGGAAGAAGCUACAGAAAGCCGCACUCGGAUUGCAGGACUCUGAUGAUGAGGAGGGAGCCUUGGAUAUCGAGGAGCAAAUAGAAAGCAUGUUUAACUCCAAGAAGAGGGUGAAGGACCUGUCUGCUCCCGGUGCGGCUGGCGGUCCGGCUGGAACCGUGACGGCUGCAGCCGCCACACCCGGGGGGGUGGCUGGCGUCGCUCCGACAUCUGCUGGAAACAACCAGAAACUGGAGAUAGCCAAAAAGCUUGCUCUCAAGAUCAACGCUCAGAAGAACCUAGGUGCCGAAGCUCAGGAUGUGAUGCAGCAGGCCACCAACGCCAUCCUGCGCGGCGACCCCAUCAUGACACCAUCCGUGUCCGCCAAGACCAUCGCGGAGCAGCUGGCGGAGAAGAUCAACGCCAAACUGAACUACACACCUGUGGAGAAGCUGGAGGAGGAGCGGCAGGCGGCUGAGCAGGCGGAGACUGUCAAGAGAUAUGAAGAAGAGCUGGAGAUCAACGACUUCCCUCAGACGGCCAGAUGGAAGGUGACGUCUAAAGAGGCUUUGCAGAGGAUUGGUGAAUACUCUGAAGCUGCCAUCACCAUCAGAGGAACAUAUUUCCCUCCAGGCAAAGAGCCCAAGGAGGGAGAACGCAAGAUCUAUCUGGCUAUUGAGAGUGCAAGUGAACUGGCUGUGCAGAAAGCCAAAACUGAGAUCACGCGGCUAAUAAAGGAAGAGCUCAUCAGAUUACAAAAUUCCUACCAGCCAACAAGCAAAGGUCGUUACAAGGUCUUGUAGAGGAGGAACCGGGGCUAAAUGGAGGCAUUUUCACCAAUCCACAUACACUCAUCUUUACAGUUUCAUCAGAGUGGAAGAUGAAGAUUUUAUUCUGUGUUUCAUAAUUUCUUCGAUUAUUUAGUUUGUAUUUUCCUCUCUAUGUGCGUCACUCGACUGUUCAGCCAUUUUUCUUAUACUCCCGAUACAAAAUUGUCUCGUACCACGUUUAACAUUAAAGCAACACAAUUCUCCAAUGAGCUGUUUAAGCUAUGUUCUUUUAAAUAGAUAGCACAUUAUAGUCAAAUUUGUGUACAAAUAGCAUAAAAACAUGGUCUUAAACAAACUUAUUUUUAUAUUUCUUGUUGCUGAAGAAAUAAACGCAAUGUGCUCAGAUAUAGUUAAUUAUUCAA